UGUGUAUGUGUGUGUGUGUGUGUGUGUGUGUACAGAGAUUAAAGGAUUAUAAACAUUCAAAUGUUUGUACAGACGUACAAAUAGAUAAAGUAAUAAAACUGAUUAAAAUUCAUAAAUAAAAAUAAUAAAUACAUAUAAUAUAAAUGAAUACACAAAGUAAUAAAAAGAAAAAGGGAUAGAAUGUAUAAAGAUGUAUGUACAUUACCUUUUUGUCAUGAAUGUGUGUUAACAAAUAUAAUUAUUUUAAUUACACAAAUGAACUGAAUCCACUGUAAACUAGAACAAAACAUUUUGUACUUCUGGUCAUUGUUGAGCCUAUUUCUUAUUCACUACAUCAGUGUAACAGGGCUAUAAAUUGUUAUCUCAUUGUUUUUAAGCCUUAAGUUAAAAUUGAAGAAAGAGCAACAAAUUGGGGAUCCCUCUUCCAGGACAGACACAUGCAAUAAUGUCACAUGUACAGAUAAGACACUAAACAGGUUUAAUACGAGAGAAUAACGAAAGACAGAGAUGCAUGUACCAGAUAAACAGAUUUCAACAUACAACCAAAAUAACAGAACUAGUAACAACCUAGCAAGUCACGCACAAAUGCAAUACAUGUUUUGCUGAGGAACUUUAAAUGCACUCGCAAGCAGAUAGCAAAUGUGUGUGUGACUCUGCAACUGGGCAGGGCCUUGGCCACAAAAUGUGCUGUGUUCAACGUAAGAGGACUACUGAUACACAUAAAGGCAAAAAUCAAGUAUAUACUAUUCACACGAGGGGAGAAGAUAAACCAUAGCAUACAUAAAGGUAUAACACUUGAUGCAAAAAUAGAUAUGACUACAGAGCGAGUCUCCAGGAGAAUGAAGAUUCAGGUCAAAGUAGACUGAGAAACACAAACAACACAAAAUGGCUUUGUUAUGGUGUAUAACAAUAAAAAAUAUAGAAGGAAAAAUAAUAUAAAUAAGUCAAGAAUCAUAGAAAGUAGAAAAAAAUGACAAUAAAAAAUAGAUAAUAGAUAGCUCUAACAAGUUAUUGUCCAUCUCUCAUUGGUUGUUGAUCUUGUUGUUGGUCUGCGGUGGAUAUAAGGAGUCUACAUUCAUGUUUUCACAAAACAUUUAAAAUAAAACAUAUAAAAUAAAAUACACAUUAUAAAAAUAUAGUGGAUGUUUAUUCUCAAAUGACUAAAUUCAGUGUGUAACAAUAUAUAAUCUAAUAUUUUAGACUUAGACUAAUUCAAUUUAAUCACCUCACAAAUGAAAGGGACUUUAUUAAGUAAUAAUAAAUAAAUAAAACAUAUAUAAUAAAUAAAAAAUAUUAAUUAUAUUAUUAACGUUACUAUUUUCUUUAGAUUUGCAAACUGGAAUUUUCCCAACGGGCGAAAAGACGUUGAAGUCCCACCCACUUCCACCGACGUCACGGACAGCAGCCAAUCAGAGCCCAGAUGUAGUUUCGGUCCAAAUUUCAAACGUCGUCGAGUCGACAAACGGACGGCGGCCCGCAGCCACACCAAUGUUAGUCAGUUUAACAUCGCUUUUACGUUAAGGAACAUUAUUAUUAUUCAUACAUAUUAGCUGUCUGCGGUGGCAACAUGAGAGUGAGUGAAGUCCACGCAGCAGAGUCUGUCGCCUACCUCAACAGAGCACUGUUCAGGUUGCAGGAUAUUUGGGAAGAAAUCGGGAUCCCGGAGGAGCAGCGCCUACAGAGGACCAAUGAUGUUCACAAGCACAUUAAAGGUUUGCUGGACCUAAUGAUUGCAGAAGAGGAGGAGCUCAAGAAGAGAUUACUGAGAGACAUAGAAAGUCAUCUUAAGGAACUUAAUCAUUUGUGCAGUGAACUUCAGCUGCCCCCCUUUGAGGAGGAGGAUGGCUGCACCAUGUUGCAGAUGGAGAAGAAUAGCCGCACACGCUUAGAAGUAAUGAAGGAGCAGAAGAAGAAAAGAAUGGAAGAGCUCAAAGGCCUCGUUGGCAAAGACCGUGAGCUGUGUGAUAUUAUGUGCACUACCCCAUUUUGCAUCGACCAGGACUCCAUCCCAUCGCUGCCGCAACUGGAGACAUAUCGUGCCUACCUGGAUGAUCAGACCAAAGAAAAGGAGCGUCGUCACAAUGAAUUUGUGAGUGUCAAGAAGGAGAUCAUCGUGUGCAUGGAGGAUCUGGAGCGGCACCCAGAGACCAGUUUUGAGAUGGAUGUGAUGUGUGAGGAUGAGGAGGCAUUUUGUCUGUCAAAUGACAACAUUGCUGCACUCAAACUGCUACUCAGUCAGUUACAAGACCGUAAGGCAGAGAAUGAGCUCCGUUGUUCAGCUUUCCGCACUAAGAUCCAGGAGCUGUGGGAAAGACUUCAGAUUCCCCAAGAGGAGCGGGAGGCCCUCUCUGAGCAUAUGGCCCAGUCAAAGAAGAGAAACAUUGAAGCACUCCAGACUGAGGUCCAGCGUCUAGAGGUGCUGAAAAUGCAGAGUAUGAAAAGUGUCAUUGAGGCCAUCAGAGCGGAGAUUGGCCUUUUCUGGGAGAAAUGUUUCUACAGCCAAGAACAACAGCUAGCCUUUGUUGCGUACCAUGAUGAUGAUUUCACCGAAGAGCUUCUAAACCUGCACGAGGCUGAGGUCAGGACCCUGAAGAAGUAUUACGAGGACCACAGAGAACUCUUUGAGGGAGUCACAAAAUGGCAGGAGAACUGGACCUUGUACUUGGAGCUUGACAAAAAGGCUAAUGACCCCACAAGGUUCAACAAUCGAGGUGGGAACCUUCUGAAAGAAGAGAAGCAAAGAGCUGACCUGCAGAAAAGUUUGCCCAAGCUGGAAAAGACUCUGAAGGCCCAAAUUGAUGUUUGGGAGCAGGAGCAUGGCCACGAAUUCCUGGUCAAUGGACAGAAAUUUCUUGAGUACGUGCAGCAGCAGUGGACGCACCACCACACCGAAAAGGAGAAGGAGAAACUGGAACGGCAACUAAAGAAAACUAAACAGACGCAGGAAGACAUGUUAUAUGGAACCUCAAUGAGAACACCAUCCAAAAGGCGGAUAGCAGGGACCCCCACACCUGGAAAAGUCAGAAAGCUCAAUGGCACCUCGACUUUCUCCACUCCAACCAGCUUCCUUAGCUCAGGGCUCGGAGGAACCAUGUGCCAGUCCUCCAUCCAGAAAACACCACUGACUGCCAGCAAGGGUCUUGGCCUGCGAACCGUUGGACAUGGAAAGACUCCCCGUGCACUAGACCGAAACAAGGAAAACAUCUCCCACCUUAAUAGAAAUACUCCAAGUGGCACACUAAGGUCUCAGGAUACUCAAGAUCACACCAUCACCUUUAACUCUUUGGCUGGCUCCUAUUCGGAAUUUGCGAGAGACCUCUCAAAGGCUUCUAAAUCGACGGUGAAGUCAGGAGUGCUGAACUCCACUGUCAGUCAUCAGUGAUGAGACGAAGCAGCUGCUCCGUUGCCGGACGUCUUCCAGCUCAGCGGUAGUUUGGUGUAGUUUUCACGUAGUGGACAAGAGGGAACUUUAUUCUAAACUUCUUUUUAAAAAAGUGUAAAUAUUUUAAUCUGUCUCUCUCCAACAAUCCUGUUUUCCUAAGACUUCAUUUCAGGGUUACUGCUGGAGCAGUUUUCUCUGCUGUAUGUAUUUUGUGGCAAGUUAAUGAUGUUUGAACCAAGGCUGUCGUGGCUUUUUAUUUGACGUUUUUCUUGUUGGGUUAUAGUUUUUUUGUUUUUAAGUGAAAUGUUAUUUACACAUGUAGAGCACUACAUUGUUUUAGUACUGCAGCAGGUAUAGAGUCUCCAGCUGGAAUGACAGCUACAUUUGCUUUUUAUAAAUCAACCUGUAAAUAAACAUUUUAAAAAAACGUUCAUCCUAA